UUCCAGGGACAAGGAGACACGUCAGAUCCGAGCAGCUCCAGUCUUUGCUCCUCCUGAAGCCCCAGUGUAUGGCACUGACAGCCGCCGACUCCGCACCUCCCUCCUGUAAAAAAAAAGGCUCCCCAUAGACUUGCCUUUGUUAUUUAACCCGAAUCUCUCGGUUUAUUGCAGGAGAAGAGGGAUCUGCCUCGGCCGAGGAUCAUUUGCUCCUUAAGAAAAUACAGUGCAAAAAGAAAGAGCAGGCAACUGAUCGUGCGACUUGCUGCUGCUGCAACGAUUUCCUUCGCGGAUUGUGCUCCCUGAUCAAACACUAGCAUGAUGUCUUAUCUCAAGCAACCGCCAUAUGCCGUGAAUGGGCUCAGCCUGACUACCUCUGGGAUGGAUUUGUUACAUCCGUCGGUGGGAUAUCCCGCUGACUUUGCGCCACACCCGACCCGCCAGAUAACCUCUAGUUUCUAUGAUUUUGCAGCGACCCCCAGGAAACAGAGGAGGGAAAGGACCACUUUCACCAGAGCUCAACUGGAUAUCCUCGAAGCACUUUUUGCCAAAACUCGCUACCCUGAUAUCUUCAUGAGAGAGGAAGUGGCUCUAAAAAUCAACCUACCCGAGUCCAGAGUCCAGGUUUGGUUCAAAAACCGCCGAGCAAAGUGCCGCCAGCAGCAACAGCAGCAGCAGAAUGGAGGCCAAAACAAAGUGCGACCUUCUAAGAAGAAGACCUCCCCGGCCAGGGAAGUGAGCUCGGAGAGUGGGACCAGCGGCCAGUUCAGCCCACCUUGCAGCACCUCUGGUCCAGUCAUCUCGAGCAGCACAGCCCCUGUGUCCAUCUGGAGCCCGGCCUCCAUCUCUCCUCUCUCAGAUCCACUCUCCACAUCAUCUUCAUGCAUGCAGAGGUCCUACCCCAUGACCUACACGCAAGCAUCAGGCUACAGUCAAGGAUAUGCAAGCUCUACAUCCUACUUUGGGGGUAUGGACUGUGGAUCUUACUUGACCCCUAUGCACCAUCAGCUCUCUGGACCUGGAGCUACUCUAAGCCCAAUGAGCACCAACGCAGUGACAAGUCACCUUAACCAGUCCCAAGCUGCCCUCUCCUCACAGGCCUAUGGGGCUUCUAGCUUGGGUUUUAACUCCACCGCUGACUGCCUGGAUUACAAAGACCAAACGGCCUCCUGGAAGCUGAACUUCAAUGCUGACUGCUUGGAUUAUAAAGACCAAACCUCCUCUUGGAAGUUCCAGGUUUUGUGAAGAACUUUCCUUCUCUAACUGUGUCAGGUGGAAAACUUUGCUGAGACAUUCCCAGCUCUGACCAAGUCUGGUUGAACAAGUAAAAGUAAAAACUACACACAGACCAUUUAUUUUACCCACACAGAACCCUGGUCUUACUCAGCUCUGGACUGGAUCUGGAGACAUCUCCAUGCAAUGGGGGGAAAAAGGACAUAUCUUUAUCCAGUGACCAAGAGCCACAUCAAGUCCUUAUCUUGUUAUUAGAUAUUAGCAGGUGGAUGAAAGAUGGAGAAGAAAUAAGUCCAACCCAACUCCAGCAGCACAGGACCCAUAAGCUGUGGGCCAAGCCCAGGCUGCAGAGCAAUUUGGGUUUGGUGUGUGUGUAUUGGCUGGAGACUCAAGCUCUGCUCUUUCACCUUCUGGCUUAGAAAGAACAUUUCAGGAUCUGAGUGAAUCGUGCAACUGAUUGUCCUAGAUGCACUACUUUAUUUAAAGAAAACAAAUUAAUAAUUAUGUUUAUAAGAAGUCAUGAUGUAGUUUUUAAAAGACAAUCAGUGUGUGUCUUAUAUCAAUGGUAAAUCUGUGGUUUUUAAUCUGUGCUAGACUUCAAAACUGUGAUCUCUUGUAUUGUAUGCAACUGUGAACUCCACACCAGCGGGGAGGGGGGGGGGGGUCGUACUGUGAUUUAAUAACAGGUUUUAUUAUUAGCAGGAAGAUUCAGGAUUUAGCGCAAAACCGAUGCCCUUUAAUGUUAUUCCGAGCGAGCGCAUGGGCCUGUAAAGAACUGCAGUUAAACCUUUCUUUUCCUCGACCAAUUCCUCUUGAGUUGAUUUUAUAUUCGACCCGGCAACGAACGCAGGGACUGGAAGCCGCAAUAUAGAAAGGAACAGGACAGACGAUUAUUUAAUAACUAAAAGACUUUUUUUUUUGUCACUGACCUUGAGAUAUUAAUUGCGACAAGGAAUCCCAUAUGCGUUUAUGCUUGCCUUUGUGAAUUAAGAUAUAAAUAUAUAUAUACACACCCAUAAUCCUUUCCCCCUGGAUCUGGCAAAUAUGUAUAAAAAAAAAUCUAUUAAAUGACUCUAGCACAAA